AUUGUCUUCUCUGUAAAAUUAGAAGUCACAGGCUUCCGCGAGUUCCGUGUGUGUUGCGGAAAAUACCCUUUUUGGGCGUCCGACCACAUGUGUGAAUUGUGAACAAAAUAUGGAUCUUUAGUUAUUUUCAGGUUUGGAGAGCCAUAUUUAGUGUGAUCGAUACACGUAAUCGAUAGAUAAAGUGUGCCCGGAGCGUUGUGUGUCGCUAAAAAGUUGGAACAAGUCAACGGAAGUGAAUUUUUUCGAUGUAAAUACGGUCGAUCCAGGGUCAGUCUGGUGUGCAUUUUGAACUGUGCGCAUAUUUCUCCCUGAUACUCUAUAACUGCGUUCGAUACAUCAACAUUACCGAGUUUGACCUUCGUAAGAUCGGGAAAGUUCUGAAUUUCGUGGGUCCGACCCGCAACAUGCCGUCGUGCUAAGGGGCAUGGCGGCGCGCUCGUGAUCCUAGGUCGGCGCGGAGCGCGCGCCCGGUCUUAUAUAACGUGGGAAGCAGCGGCAUGGCCGCGCGUGUGUCGGUCGAGGGCGCAGGGCCCUCGUACGCCUCUGUGCUAAACUUCAGAGGAAGUGAUUGUAAUAAAGAGAACAUAGAGGCGACGGAGGAAGUGGCGGACGCACCGCCGCGGCAGGACGACGAGGAGGAGGAGGGCUUUGUGCCGGUCAUCUCUCACGCGAGGAGACCGGCCAAGAGUCGCAGGGAGCGAGAGCGCAGGGCACCACCUCGCCCGCACAAGGCACCCCAACCUCAUGCUGAACCAGGCCAACAGCCAACAGCGGAGCAACAACAGCAAGCAGCUGAAGCUCAACCUAAGAAGUUUGUUGAAGCACCCAUCCCUAAGGUCAAUCCUUGGCAGGUGCGAGGUGGGAGUACUGGCGCACCGCCUCCAGCGCCUCCGGCCCUUGAAGAGAAGAGGUCUCCUCUACAGCCGCAGCAACAGGGAAGGGCGCAGUUACCACCAGAGCCCGUCCCGCCACCUCCAGCUCCGAAACCAGCCGUCGUGAAGCCGCCAAAGAAUGCCAAGAUAAAUCAGAAGGCGUCCGACUUCACGGAUAUCGGUGAUGAUUGGCCAACGCUAGGGGCGGCAGUCGCUGGGGCGAGAUGUCAUUCGACACCACCGCCCCACGAGGACUCCGCACACCAUAACGGAAACGCGGACCAAGAACGGAAACCGCUCGAAGAGCAACAGGUGAAGGUCGAGAAGGUCGAACCGACUCAUAAUCACCAGGGAAACAACGACAGACAUUUGCAACACGAUAAGAACAAAGCAGCAGCCGGUAAGGGUGGCAGCAAGUCGGGCAAGCACAAAUGGGUGCCCUUAGAUAUAGACGUAAAAGCCGCGAGACCCUCGAAACAUGGACCACAGCAUCCGCCGAGACAAGAUCACGAAACGGUGUCGCUGAACGGCGAGGAGUCCCGCGGGCGCGGCGCGGGGCGCGGGAGGGGCGCGGCGCGAGCGCGCGGGGCCCGCCGCGCCGGCGCGCGCGCCGCCUCGCUGCACCCGCCGCCGCACGCGCUCUACCACCACCCCGACAUGCCGCAGCUGCGCGUUCAGCCGGCCAUACCGCAGGUGGUGCUCCGGUACGGUAUCGGCGGUCUUCCCAUCGCGCCGCUCGCCCAGGCGUUCUACUACGGCGCGGCCAGCGGGGCUCCGUACGGCAUGGCGUUGGAUCAGGCGACGCUCAAGGACCUCAUCAAGAAUCAAAUCGAGUACUACUUCAGCCCCGACAACCUGGCGCGCGACUUCUUCCUGCGGCGCAAGAUGUCGGCGGACGGCACGAUCCCCGUGACGCUGAUCGCGUCGUUCCACCGCGUGCGCGCGCUCACGGCCGACGUGCAGCUCGUGCUCGACGCCAUCCGCGACUCCGAGCGCCUGCAGCUCAUCAACGGGUUCAAGGUGCGGACGGCGUUCGAGCCCACCAAGUGGCCGAUCCUGGACCUCACCAACCACGAGGACGACCGGGAGAGGCCGGACGACGCAGAGAAACGAGUCGACGACGAGAGGAUACAGACUAAAGAGGUGCCCGAGAAGACGGACGAGGCAGAGGCGGAGGCUGCUGUCGAAGUUGCACAAAAACCAACGCCGGUCGAACCGGAAGACGAAAAGAUUUCAUCGGCCACAGAACCCGAAGAAGUGGUUGAAGCGAAGCCGGAUAAAUCAGAGCCGACUCCGGAAGAACCUCAGCCGGCUCCGCAGGAACCUAAACCGACUCCACAGGAACCUCAGCCGACACCAGAGAAACCAUCGCUCCCAGAAGAGAAAGAAACCGACGAGCUUGGAGAAGGGAGCGAGAAGAUUGAUUCCAACGAUGACCCCCCGCUGCAGCCCGAGAUUGCAGACAAACCCGGGGAGAAACGCCGCAAGAAGCAGAUGGUGGGUAUAUUCCCCCUGGCCACGAUGGGCGGCCCGCUCGUGGCGCCCGUGUCCAGCCUGCUGCGCGCCGUCCCGCCUCCGCCGCUGCCCAGAAUGUUCCGAACUGGUCGAACGUCGUUGCUGGCCCACGACCAUCUCAACCCGGAUGUGCCCGAAUUCGUGCCGCAAGCAAGACGCGCUGAAGAGCCAAGUUCAGAGAAAUCAAAUAUUCAAGACGGUCAAGCGAGCCUCGAGAAAGUCGAUCCUGAUGUCUGGACCGAGGUGAAGCGGCGCACGAAGGCGGGCUCGCGCGAGCGCGCCGCCCCCGCGCCGCCCGCGCCCCCCGCGCCCGAGGACGAGCCGCGCGAGGAGCUGCACUUCCAGCUCGACGAGGAGCUCGACCUGCCGCCGCCGCGACACAACACCUUCACCGACGCCUGGUCCGACGAGGAGUCCGACUUGGAGCUGUCGGAUCGCGACAUCGGCCGGCUGUUGAUUGUAACGCAGACGGCGACCCGCCAGCCCAAACACGACGGGCACGACCGUCAGGGCGACUGGGCAACGCGCACCAAGAUCACUCAGGACUUGGAGCAGGUGAUCACGGAUGGUCUCAGACGCUACGAAGAGGACCUAUGGAAUGAAUUUUCAUCGUCGUACAGCAGCACGCCGCAGUACCGCACCGUGUCGCUCAUCUCCCGCGAGCAGUUCGAGGCGGCCGCGCCCGCCGAGCGCCACUGCAACCCCAGCGAGCCGCCGCCGCCGCCGCCCAGACCCGCCGUGGAACAGACACAAGAUGGAGGCGGUAAAAUGCGACCGAGACGCACGGCGCGCUUCUACGCCGCCAACAAGGACCCGCACGCCACUGACGUCAUAAGCAGCAGGAAGCACAAGACCCGACACAGUCUGAACCCGCCGGUGGAGCACCACGUGGGCUGGAUCAUGGACGUCCGUGAGCACAAACGAACGCAUCGCGACAGUACCGGUUCGUCGCUGGGAACGUCCCCAACGCUGGGCUCGUCGUGCGGCUCCGUCCCGCAGUCGCUGCCCGCCUUCCACCACCCGAGCCACGGCCUGUUGCGGGAGAACCACUUCACCCAGCAGGCCUACCACAAGUACCACUCCAGGUGUCUUAAGGAACGCAAGAAGCUCGGUAUCGGCCAGUCUCAAGAAAUGAACACGCUGUUCAGAUUCUGGUCGUUUUUCCUACGGGACCACUUCAACAGAACCAUGUACAACGAAUUUAGGACACUGGCUAACGAGGACGCGUCAGCCGGUUUCCGCUACGGGCUCGAAUGCCUGUUCCGUUUCUAUUCGUACGGUCUAGAACGGAAGUUCCGCCCCGAGCUAUAUCAGCACUUCCAGGCUGAAACGCUCGCUGACUACGAGAAAGGUCAAUUGUACGGUCUGGAAAAAUUCUGGGCUUUCCUAAAAUACUACAAGCACGCGACGGCGUUGCAAGUCGAGCCGAAACUCGAAGCUCACCUCGCUAAGUUCAAGAGCAUCGAAGACUUUCGUGUGCUAGAGCCGCAGCUGAACGAGCUGCUGGCGUCGCAGGGCGCGGCGGGCGCGGGGCGCGGCCCGCACGCGCGGCCCUACGACCGGCACCGCUCCGUGUCCGAGAGCGAGCGCCACCUGCAGGCCUACCGCGGCAGCUACGGGCGAGCACCGUCCGGCACGGCGGGCCCGGGGACCAACCGCGGGCGCGCCGGCUCGUGCGGCGCGCAGAGCGUCAUCGCCAACGCCCGGCCGCGGCCGAAGCCCAAGUCGAAACCGGAAGCCGCGCCGAACGAGUUGAAAGCGCCAGUGGCCGCUAAGACGCAGUAAUGAUACGACAUACGAACACUGUACAUAUGAGUAGACCCGUGUGCAUGUGUUACUUAUCUAGACUUUUAAAGUGCAUUUUUAUAUAUAUAUAAAUUACAAAAAAAAAAAAUACUAUAAAAAUAAAAGUGAGUAAAAGUGUUGUGUGCGGAUCGCGCCGGUGUUUAGUGUUUGACUAGUCGCGACCGGUUCGAGCCGGUUGCGGCCGGUUCCGAUCUGGCUGCGCGGGCGGUGUGCGGUUACUGGGAUUGCAGGCUGGUUAUAUGUGGAGCCUAGCUUGUACGCAUCGACAAUAAGCAAUAUGCUACGCGGUUUAGACGCCACUAUCAUAAUAGCGUAAGAUAACCAUAGAGACAUACAAUAUAUAUAUAUAUGUGUAUAUGUAUGUAUUUAUAUAUUUUUGACGUGUAAAGUUAAUAUUUCGAUACGAACAUCUAAAAUUAAUACGUGCAUAAUAGUGACAUUCUUAGUCUAAUAAACAUAAUAUAAAUCAAUUAAAUAAGUACGAUUAAUGCUUGGUAGAUUAAGGUUUACCAGUGGAGACGCUGGGUUUGGCGGGGGAGUGAGCGACCAGUGUGACUCCGGCUCGUUUAUGACAUCUAAAGCAUUCGGUUUGCGAUAUGUUUAUUGCUUAACUCGACAUGUUUAUGAAGAAUGAAGCCGUUUGUGUAGUUUCGGAGCUAAUCGCGGACAUACGAACUAGAGUAACGGAACAUAUGCCUUUUUGUGAUGGCUUUGUCUAUGGUUGUCUCUCUAUUGCACUCGUACGACGAAAAUUAACGAAAUCUAAUACCCAUCUGUAGUACUGUAACGAAAAUAACGCUUAAUGUCGAAGUUAUGAGUCGUAAGAUUAGCUAAUUUUAUUUCGUUUUUAAUUAGUGAAUUGAUCUCUGACCUCCAGAGAGCUCGACAGGCUUGCACACUGAUGGCUCACUCUACACUGUCUGUGGUUCGAGUGGUGCUGCGUAUUGUCUAUGGUCAUUGGAAGUGGCCGGCGCAGAUCUCUAGUGGCGAAAAUUGUAAAACUGUACAGUUAUAGAUAUUCUUUCUCUGGUUAAAUAGAAUUGAUAUUAAAAAAAAAAAAUCAAACGGCGAAUCGUCGCUAAGACUGGCUAUGUGCAUAUUUAGUAGAGAAAUUGGUGUUUUUUUUUUCUUUGGUAGCACUAUUGUUUAUGGUUAAAAACGUUUGACUGCGUACUGCGGAUUCGAGAAAACAUCAAAACAAGUUUCAUCAUGAUUGAUUUUUCAUAGAAAUUUCGAAGGAAAAGUUCCAAUUCUGUGAUAAAAAUGCUAAAAAAAAAAAAAUCGAUGAAACUAUACGUUUUUCAGACCGCAUUUCGAAUACUGCCAAUUGUAAUUAUGACACAAUCAAACACACAAAUUCCUUAGAAAUAACCGCGUGGUGAUUCAAACGCUACACCGUAAAUGGUAAAACUUUAACAGUUGAAUCGAGGCAUUGGCGCAGUAAAAUUCACCAUUCCUUGCUCGACCAAUACGCUUCCGGUCCGAUCGACGCGUGAGUGGUGCUCAACGCAAAGCUCUACCACGAAGUCGAGGUUAUAACUUAGAUUGUUCAAUACGUUUUCUAGAAACAUCCGUAGCUACGACCGUCUCGCCUAAAUAGAUGCGAAACUUUCGUAACACCAUCCGAUUCAUUCGUUAAAUGUCACCAUUAUGAGAUAGAUCUAGUUUGGAUAUGGUUGUCUUUAAAAUAUAUAUCUCGAGGCUUUAAAUCGCUCAAAAUAUUGCAUGUAUGUAUAUAUUCGUAAAGAUAUUAAUGGAUAUCUUAAGGCGACAUUUGAUAUGUUUGUAAAAGCUACGUGUACAGACACUAGCAUUGUCGUCUAAAUUAAACAAAUUUUCUGUCUCGCUCUAACGACACACGUAAACUAGAGACAGGUACACAGUCCCGUCGGUGAAUAAUAUUUACGACCAUAUUGAUUGCAAUGAACUGACUCGCAAUAAACACAUUUGUUAUAUGCAUAAGUCCGUAUGGUCGUUGAAUUAAUUUUUUAGAAGCAUGAUUAUCUGUCUUGUAGUUUCGGAUAAAAUAGCGCACAUACAAACAUACGAUUACCUUUAAAAGUCUGCUAAAGUUUUAUUUUACGGUGUAACGUUCGAAUCUAAUAUAAAUACCUAGUUGCUUUUUUAAUUUAGAUAUAAAAUGAUAUAAAACAGGCACUAUCAUAGUCUAAUAGUUUUAGAUUAUAUGAACGAUUGACAUUGUCUGUGGUCGAACGAUACACUGUCUCUGUGGUCUAUGAUAUCGGACAUAGAUAAAAAAAAAUGUACUAAAUUUGAAUUAUACUUUGUUGAGAACUAACUUGCUCAAUGCGAUUAUCUGUAUUGUACGGGGUUUAGAUGUGACGUAGUGGAAAAUUAUCUACAUUAAAGCGAAUGGACGUAAUCAAAAAAUGAAAAUGGCGUCCGUGAAAAUUUAAUGUCGAUACAUUUUUCUCUCAAUAAACAAUGGAAAAUGUAUAUUGCAAUUUGCACUUAAUAUAAAAAAGUUAGGGUGUGUUUCUUAAUACUUUUAUUCUUUUUUUUUUCUAGAUUUUAAGGAUGCUUUUGUAAACAUAGUUAUUAUGUGAUGCGCGUAUGGCUGUUUAAUUUUUUUUUUUUUUUAUUUCAUGAAUAUAUCUUGCCCCUAGACAAAUUAUACUGUGACAAUAAACUAAAGACUUUAGAACAGAUUAAUGAUUUCAUUACGAAAUAACUUCGAUGAAUUUUCAGUUACGAUAUAUUGCUUAUCCGUAAAACGAUAAACGGUUGCCAUACGCGCGUCACAUCACUUAUUUUGGUAAAUUUAAGACAAGAAUAACGUCAAAAUAUCGCUGAGGUCGCUUCUCUCAUUGAUUAUUGAAAAAAAAUAAAAAAAUAUAGUUCCUAAUUAAUUAAUAUGUAAAAUUAUUUCUUUAUAGCAUCGAUUGACACAGAAAUUGUACUGCACUUAGUUUAUUGACUUAGAAUAUAAUGUAUAUCGAAAAUUUUCGGUUUUAAUGCAUGUUUAUUACUUUUUUUUUUUUUUAAAUAUAAAUCACAGAUAAAAAAUAGUCAAACAUAGCUUGCUUGAUUAUAUCUACCAUUAAAUGGUACAUCGAUUUGUAAGCUUUUCUAAUCAUUAAAAAAUUAACAAGCAUGUGUGUACCAGUAUAAGGCGCUUAUUGUAUUCGUGUUUCUGAAUCGCGCAGGCAAUGUUUUUAUGACUGGGGUAUAUAUAGUACAGAUCGAUUGAUUCAAAACUGAUAAUUUCGUAUGAUAACCUGUUACGUGUUAUGACAGCUAGUAAUGACCUCGCACCAUCCCGGCAGGAGUUGCUUUGCCCAACGGUGGGAUGGUUUCGUAAUAUUGUGUAGUGAUGUAUUAAUAUUUAAUAUAAUAUAAUAGUUUUCUUGAACGAUUUCUGUGUCGCUAAAUUUCCAAUAUGCGUCCAUUUUAGACGAAUGUUUUCUUCUAAACAUCUUAAAGAGAAAAUUCUUGUACUAAUGUGUUAUAUUUUUGACAGUAUGAAUAAGAUUAUAAGGAAAAUGAUUUUGUAAAAAAUGUGGUAAAUUCUGUGAUUAAUUUCAGUAAUGAAUUCGUCUAAAACGGACCCAAACACCAGGACCGUCCCUUUGAUUGUAGUUUUUAAGUUUGAGGGUCGUAUAACCUACGAAGCGACCAUGAGACGAAAAAACAAGUUCUCGUCAACUUUUUAAACGUCUGAAAUGUUAAUAAAUUGUUUUUGUAAAUAAAUUUACGAAUAAUACAUACGUAUGCGCUUAAAGUUUAUAUAAAUGUCAUGAACUGUCAAUAUUUCUUUUUUUUUUUUCUUUAGAUAUUUCCCGCGAAAAUUCUUUCAAAGUCACACGUUUAAAAAUUUGACGAUUCGAUACGACGUUGUGUUUUUUUUUGUUAAGUUUUUUUUAAGUUAAAUACAUCAGUUGUUGCAAUUUUUUCGUAAGAACGCCAAAGGAGAACACAUUGUGCUAAAAAGUGGGAAAACACGUUAGGAUAUUGUAUAAAUGAAAAACAAUACAAAAAAAAUUAUAAUUCUUGCUAUUAUUAAUAAGUGCUGUAUAAAUAUUAAAAAAAAAAAAAUGCGUUCCGCGCAAUUUUCCAGUGUCUAAUUUUGUUGACUCCCAUUUUCUUUCGGUUUUAUUAAAAUUAACAAAACAAAAAAAAGAUUUAAAAAAUUGGUUGUUGUAAUAUAGGCGAGCGUAGAAUUGUUUCAUAGUCAGUAAAGUUAGGUAUAUUCGAUGAUUUAUUAAAAUUAAGAUACAUGUUUUUUAAGGAUGCUUGGUGGCGUCGAUCGUGGCCUUCAAUAGUUCCCAUAGUGAAGAAAAAAAACAUAUUGGUGUAAUUUUUUUAAAUCGAAACCUUUCUUCUUCGUUCGAUUUGGGUUGUCUUUGGAUUUCCGACACUUGUACCCCGAUUGACGCUCUUUAAGGCUGUAAGUUAUACGUUAUAUACAUAUUAUAUUGAUAAAUAAAUUAAUAAUAAAAAACAA